AUGUCCGAUCCCUGUAAGCGUGAGGCUUGCGACAUUCAACGAUGUCUGCUUAGUCACAACUACAAUGAAGAGCCAUGCCAACCGUUGAUCGACGAUUUGUACAGGUGCUGUUUCAAAUUUUACAAGGCGAAUGGCAAUGGAGGCAAGACACCUUGUUGUCCCAUGCCAGACCUGUUGGAAUUGAAGAUGGAGCAGCGGAACCUGAAACCGGACGUAAACAUCGACAGCUCCAGCACCACUGGCGGCUUCAAGAAACGCUAA